AUGGCCCAACGCAAGAUCCACGUGGCCGUGUUAGACGCCGACAUUCCCUGCCUCUCGGUAUAUAGAGCGCGAGGUCUAUACAGCUCGCAAUUCCGUGUCCUCCUGCAAGCAGCCGCCCAACGCUUGAACAAGACGCCAGAAAUCCUCCAAACCGGACCUCUUGCCGUCCAUGUAACGGCCUUUGAUGCCGUAGGCGGGUCCCUACCUCCUCUAGAGACCUUACGAACCAACCCUAAGUCCCCAGCCGAGCCUCAUGCCGGCGGACCACUGAGUCCAAUAGACGCAAUCCUAAUUACGGGCUCAGCAUCCUCGGCAUACGACGACCAACCUUGGAUCCACGCAAUGCAAUCAUACAUCCAAACAGUGCACACCCACUACCCAAACGUAAAGCUCUUCGGCUCCUGUUUCGGCCACCAGAUAAUCGCUCAAGCCCUCCUCGGCAUUAACUCAAACUCAAACCACCCGCCAACAUCAACAUUCCACGUCGCACACUCCUCUGCCGGCUACGAAAUGGGAAUCCAACCCAUCACCCUCCAGCCCUCCUUCACCGCGCGUUUCCCGCCUCUUGCGCGUGCAACAGCUCAGAACCCAUUCCGCAUACAGCUGAUUCAUGGUGACGCAGUGGUACCGACGCCCGAGGCUCAAGCUGCCGCGGGCCAGACGAAAGUCUCGCUACCGGCACCGUGGUCUAGCAUCGGGAGUAGUGCGCAGUGCGCUAUCCAGGGUCUUUAUAACCCAGGCCGAGUCCUGACGUACCAGGGUCACUUUGAGUUCGAUACUUUUGUCAAUGGGGAGCUUGCGCAGGAGUUUGGGCGUCGUGCGGGUUGGUCGGCGUCUGUUAUUGCAGAGUAUCUGGAGCUGAUUUAUCGCUCCCGUGUUCCGGGGCUGGAGGAUGAUGAUGAUGCGAAAGCUGCUGCCGAGGCAGUUUUGUUGUUCUUUGCUGGGGAGGAUGGAGAUUUGAUGGGAUGUGGUGGGGGUUCUGGUAUGAUUACGCCUCCACUGGAUUGA